GUCUUCAAAAAUCAUACGUUCAAUACCUCAAUGUCGGCUAAAACCUCGGUAUAACUUACAAAACUAUUUUUCUACAUAAUACUCAUCCUGUUAUAGGCCCACUCGUGCUUAUUCCUCGGCUACCCUCAAGCCUGAAGAUCUUCCUUUGGCUGGAGUACGCGUUCUUGAGAUGGGUCAGCUGAUUGCAGGCCCAUUUGCCGGCCAGUUAUUAGGUCAGUUUGGUGCAGAAGUGAUCAAGGUUGAACCACCCAAAGUUGGAGAUCCUUUACGAGUAUGGCGUGAACUAGAUGUGGACGGUACGAGCCCGUGGUUUAGAAGCAUUGCGAGGAACAAGAAGAGUGUUGCUAUAGACCUCCGUAAGCAAGAGGGAAGAGAACUCGUGAAACAACUUGCAAUCAAAAGCGAUGUGCUCAUAGAAAAUUUCAAGCCUGGGACUUUAGAAAAAUGGUCGUUAGGACCCGAAUCGCUCCAUCCUCACAACCCUUCCUUAAUAUUCACCCGUGUCAGUGGUUACGGUCAAACGGGUCCCUGGGCACCUCGUCCUGGUUAUGCAUCUGUUUGCGAAGCAGAAUCUGGAUUUCGCUACAUCAACGGAUUCCCCGAUCCCGUUACUGGUGGCCUUUCAGGACCACCAGUCCGACCUAAUAUCAGUCUGGGAGAUUCCGUGGCUGGUUUGCACGCUGCAUUUGGAACGGUUCUUGCACUUUUGUCUCGUCAGAAUAAGCGUAAGCGUGGUCAAGAGGGUGGAACUACUGUGGACGUCAGCAUAUUAGAAAGUAUGUUAAAUUUAAUGGAAGGAAUCGUCCCAGAAUACGACAGAAAGGGGAAGAUUCGCGGACCUUCCGGAUCCUCCGUGACCGGUAUCGUUCCUACCAACGCGUAUCCAUGCCUUCCCGACCCAGAAUCUCCCGCCGUUCCGACAUACAUCGUUAUAGGAGCCAACGGCGAUACCAUCUAUAACAAACUGAUGAACGUCGUCGAACGCCCUGAUUUGACUGGCCCCGCAUAUCAACAGAACCAUCACCGGGUAGAGCGUCAAGCCACUAUCGAGAACGCGAUCACGGAAUGGACACGAAGACAUUCCGCAGAGGAAGUUCUGGAUGCUAUGACAAAAGCAGGUGUUCCGGUGGGUAGAGUGGUUACUGUGAAGGAUAUCGUGGAAGGAGAACAGGUUCAAGCACGCGGCGCGAUUCAGGAUGUUCGGGUUGAGGGCAAUGGGGAUGGUCGGGAAGAGGGGUGGAACUUGAAGAUGACAGGAACAUUCCCAGUGCUGGAGGGAGUGUCCCCGGUCCCACAGUGGGCUGGUCCGGAGCUAGGAAAACAUACUGAUGAAGUACUCAGAAGUGAUUUGGGGCUGACAGAUCUAGAAAUCAGUAAUUUAAGAAGCGCGGGCACAAUAGGUUAAUUAAUGUCUAUCUCAUCAUCUUUAUAAUAAAUUCAUCUAGUAUCAUCAUGGUGGGAACCAGGAAAUAUAUCGGUGACCACUGGUUCACAUUCAACCUUGAAGCUUGAACGUUGAACCUUUGACGAACCAGGAGAAGGAUUACUGGGUCACCUCACAACCACAUCGUUAUGAUGCUUCUUCUCCGAUGAACUCGCA